CGUGACUGCUUGCAAGUGUUGCCGACUCUUAUCGCCCCGAAGGCGGUCUCCACUCUCUAGAGACAAGCCGCCGCCGCCGGUGGUUGACGACAAGCUGCCGCUACUCCACCAAGACCCGCGGAGACAGAACCCAAAUUCCAGGCCGACUCCUCCAGCCAGCCAGCAGCACAAGCGAAUCGAGUGCUCUUGAGCUUCGCCCCCGAUGGCGUGGUGCCUCUCGGCUCCGGCCGCCGCCCCGCCGGUGGCGGCUGUGCCCGGCGCCCUUGGCGUCUCCGCCCUCGCGCGUGCGCCGGUUCCCGCCGGUAGGCGGCGCAGGUGGGACGCGCUCGUGGUCUGCGCGGCCCCCGAUGAGGAGAAGAUUACCAAGCGGUCGCCCCUGGAUUUCCCCAUCGAAUGGGAGAGACCAAAGCCUGGGAGGAGACCUGAUAUCUUCCCUAAGUUCAGCCCAAUGAAGACACCAUUACCGCAUCCAUUACCAGCUGAUGAUCCUCUGGAUGAUGAUGAAGAGGAGGAAGAGGAAGAACAACCACAACCUCAGGAGGAGCCACAAGAGGAUGAUCCAGACAAGGAAGAACCUGAGGAAGAUGACCCGGACAAGCCAACCGAGUAACUUUUGAAUGGCUUGAACUGUGGUAGAUAUAGACAGUGGUAAAAAAUGUGCUACAUCUUUGGAGCACGCAAGAGAUCUCAGUUCUAUUUGAACUGUUUGUUCUGCCGGCUUAUAUAGGCUCUAGAUGCAUAAGUUUGUUAUGACCUCGUUUGAGCUUUUCUAAAGCUAUGAAAGUUUUGUUUCACGGAUUGCAGAUUACGUGCGAUAUCUGUGAUGACAUGUACUCUCACUUUUUCUAUCUUAAGUAGCGUGUACAUUGCAAGUAUUUGAUAUGGUUCUUGAAGUUGUUUGGUUGCAUCGUUUA